CCCUUGCAGCAGGUCCAGCAAGAUGGGUUUCCAGGCUUGGCUGCCCCUGCCGUUGCCAAAGCAGCUGGUGGUGUUCGGGCUGGGAGACUGGAGCUGUUACUCACCAAACACAAGCAUCGUGGCAGACGUGCUGGUGUCCCCGGGCGUCGCGCCGCAGCGGGUCGGCACGCUGGAGCCCACCCGCAGGUCUCUGGUGUGGGAAGGUGACUGGAGGACAGAUAUUUUCAUGGCCUCAUUGAAAGAGAUGGAUAAAGGCAACUCUGUGAAGCUUGUACUGACUGUCAAUGGACAGCUGCUCCGAGGUGUCUCCAGCAGUACACCCACCCACGCCUUCCUCAUCCCAGAGACCACCCAGUCACCAGUGCUCCCAGCAGACGAUAUGCCCCUUGGUAAGGACCUGGAGCAUCCUACUGUGGUUAAGAGUCAGAGCUCAGAGGUGACUGCUAGAGCAUCCAGGCAUGGGAGGAAGGACGUCUGCCCAGCACUGAGGACCCUGGCGGUACCCUGUGCCCUGAAACCACCAUGUGGCAAGGUGGAACCCAGCCAGGCCUGGAGGAAGAGUCCUGUCCACCCCAAGAAGCCCAGGAAAGUUUUAUUUGAACCCACAGCAUCUGAGAGAGAUCUCAGUUUAGAAGAUCUGGCAGUGGAGGAGUUGCGAGGCAGUCCCAGCCCACGGUGGUGCCAUGCCAUGUGCCUCAGUGACCUGGGGACAGCUGUUCUGAUCGGUGGAGAAGGUGUCAAUCAGCAGUCCUGCAAGGAUGCACUCUGGAAGCUGGAAAUUGGUGGGGACUUUAGGGCUGCCAAAGGCAAUGGGGGCGGUGGGACAUUUUAUGACAUAUUCUUUAAAUGUGGAGAAAUUGAGAGCACCUUUGAACCUUCACACCACCUGUCUGGUGUUGCUUCCACAGACAGCGAUUUCUGGCUUCCAGUGGGUUUCCAGCUACAAAAUGCCAUGCCAUCGUGCUUGCGUGGUCACACAGCUACCUAUGACCCAGAUACCAAGCGUAUCUACAUCUUUGGGGGCAUAAGGGAGGACAAAGACUACAGCAGCAUCUACAUUCUGGACACAGUCACCUGGAAAUGGCUCCUCGUGGCUGCUAAAGGGAGGGUGCCAGUGCUCAGCUACCACAGUGCAACUGUCUACCGGAAGGAGCUCUUUGUUUUCGGAGGGACUUCCCCCCAAAAGGCAUCACUGGCAGUUGGGCCCUGCAGCAAUGUGCUCUAUGUCUUCAAUCCAGAGCAUGAAAUUUGGUACCAGCCCAUCUCAGAAGGGGAGAAGCCUCUGCCUAGGCUUGGGCAUUCAGCUACUCUGCUGAAGAACAAGCUGCUGAUUUUUGGGGGUCGGAGGACUUCUCUCUACCUCAGUGACAUGCACAUCCUGGAUCUGGGUUUCAUGGAGUACACGCCAGUGCCCUUCCUCACAGGACAGCCUUCUGCACGUUGUUUUCAUGCAGCUCUGGCUGUGUCCGACCAGAAGGUUCUGAUCAGUGGAGGCUGUAAUGCCAAGGGAGCCCUGCAGGAUGCCUUUGUCUUCCACCUAGAUACUCUUUCAUGGAGCACGGUGAUCCACCACGACCUCUGUUCUGUGCCCCGAGCUGGCCACACGUUGCUUGACCUGACUCCUGCCCACCUGAUGGAUGUGGACAAGGAGAACAAAGAGGAGCAUAACCUGCACACGGUGUUGGUCUUUGGGGGCUCCAACUGUGCUGGGAUCUUUUACAACAGCACAGUCAAGAUCCAGCUGGAUGUAGGAUAA